AUGAGCCAAGAAAAGGUCAAGAUCGUAAACGUCAACCAGUCCCCCAUCGUCGAAGUCACCGCGCAGGGACUGAAGCACGCAGGCGGCCUGGAGGAGCUCGACAUUCUGGUCCUGGCCACGGGAUUCGAUUCCGUCACGGGAUACCUGGCUCGGCUCGACAUCCGGGGCACGAUCGGGGCCACCAUCGCCAACCACUGGAAGGACGGCACGAGGACCAGCAUGGGCAUCGCCAUCCCGGCCUUCCCUAACAUGUUCUUCCUCUACGGCCCGCACGCCCCGACGUCCUUCAGCAAUGACCCCCGCUGCACGCAGUUCCAAGGAGAGUUUGUCGAGAAGGCCAUCCGGCUGGCGACGGCGAAGAGGAUCACCCGGCUGGAGAGCACGCCUGCGACAGAGGCCGACUGGACGAGGAGGAUGUGUGAGAAGUGGGACGCGACCUUGUUCCCCAUGGCCAAGAGCUGGUAUCAGGGAGCCAACAUUCCUGGACGGAGAGUCGAGCCUCUGAACUGGUAA